AUGGACGGGGUGCGCCUCCUUACCUCCCCGUUACUCACUUUCCACCACCCCUCUUCCCAACCCGCCCUCUCUCCCCCUCUUUCCUCCCCCCGUUCCCUCCCUCUCCCAUCCCGGCCGUACCGUGCAGCGAGUGUCAGCAGCAGCGGCGACGCGCUUCUAGUGGGGAUGACGGACGGCAUUACGUUCAAGUGUUUCGCACAACCUCAUGGACGGCGUGCGCCUUCCCUGCGGUUCCCCUUACCUGCUUCCCCCCACCCCUUUCUUCCCCCUUCCCCACACUGUGCAGCGAGUGUCAGCAGCAGCGGCGACGCGCUUCUAGUCGGAAUGACCGACGGCAUAUCGUUCAAGUGCGCGCACAACCUCAUGGACGGGGUGCGCCUCCCCGAGUACCCCGCGCAGCCCGCUGCUGUACUUAAACUCGAAGACGGCUCGCGCAUCCUCCUCCCCAUCCUCAUACCGCACCUCUCCAGUCAAAUGCUCAUUGACUCGGUGCGCGGCGUACCUCUGGGUCGGCCAACGGUGUACAUGCUAAUGCGGGAUAUGAUUGAGCUGAUGGGAUAUGAGAUCAGUUUGAUUCGCAUCACCCAUCGAGACGGGGAUGCCUACUGUGCCCGGGCCUACCUAUCCAAGGUAUCUGCUGACAGUAGCACAGCCACCACCAACAGCAGCACUGGGCCGGCUAUGAUGAGUUUGGACAUGCGGCCAUCAGAUGCCAUCAACCUAGCAGCACGCGCCAAGGUGCCCAUUCAGGUGCGGAAAUCCCUGGCGGUGGCGGACGGCGUGAGGAUAGUGGGGAUGGUUCGGUCGGCAGUGGCACCCGGGCACGGCGGGCGGCUGCUGAGACGGCAGCAGAGAGUGGUGCUGACGUCAGAGGACAUGCCUGAUCUCGAGGAUUUGUCACUUGCGGACGAGUUUGCGCUGGUGAGGCUGAUGGAGGAAGCAGCACAGCACGAGCGGUACGGUGAUGCGGCGAAGAUUAAAGACCAGCUGAUGAAGCUGCGACGGAGAACCAACAAGGUAUAG